AUGUCCAUAUUUCUCCUAGAUAUUUGUAAGGAGGGCCUUUUCCGCAAACCAGGAAACUGUGUGCGAAUGAAUACAUUGCGAGAUCUGCUGAUAGAACAUGGUCCAUCCCUAAUGAUAGAUGCCGAGGUCUAUACACCGUAUGAUGUUGCCGGUGUGCUCAAAGAAUUUCUCAGAGAGUUACCAGAACCUUUACUAACAGAACGUCACAUGGAGGCACAUCGCCAGGUGCUAGGUAUGAGAUUUUAGACUAAAUACUACAGCCUGAAUCAUCUUUCUCUUAUUGACUGUUUGUGAACCAGGGCAGCACCAAUAAGUUAACAAUGACCUCAUUAUGUAAACUGGUACCAUUGUACAGAAUCAAAAGAUAUGUUUGAAAUCAUUGAAUAGUUCUACUUUAUUUACCACCAAAGCUUGCAAACCCAGAGUAUUGAAUCAUUACUUUACUAAAAAAUGAUUAUUACCUUCUGCCUACUUUUCAGGGCUUGGAAGACACGCCAGCACACCUGAAGAAAUAGCCAGGUAUAGAAAGAAAAAAUUAUCCGCUCUGCAGCUUCUUAUGUUACUGAUGCCGAGUCCGGCACAGAAGAUGACCCUUCAAGUGGUCAGACUCCUCCAGAGGGUUGCAGACUGUCCAGAGACCAAGAUGACCCCAACAACCUUGGGGACGAUCUUUGCACCCAUCUUCUUUCUGAAUAGGAAAGUGGAAGCUUCAGAAGUCUGCAGUAUUGUUUCUCUCACUGAACCAGCUGUGGCAUUUAUGAUUGAACAUGCCCAUGAUUUGUUC